CCUGUAUGAAGCUCCCACUGUAGCAUUAUUAAUUUUUCAGGUAGUUUCAAAGUAAAUUAAAAUCCCUCACAAAUUGCAAGCAGACUUUAAGAGUGCCGCAGACAUAAAUUAGAUAAAAUAAAGUGUUUUUGUUUUCUCUUUGGCGGUAAGUUUCUGUUUUACUGGCACCUUUAAUGACAAGCAAUUCAUACCAAGCCAAGUGAAAUUGAUUUAGUGAUUAAGCCUGACACUUGGGAACUAAAUAGAGAGAUUUUGCGUGACUGCAGCCCUAUCCGGAACAUAUAGUAUACAGACAGACAUGAGCUUUAUUUGAGUGUCAAUAAGGAAGUGUUCUUCAUCAUAUGUCUGAACAGAUGAAUCCUGCGCGAAUAUUCACAUCUCAGUUCCUCGGCCUUUGAGAAAGUUAGCUUUAAUAUACACUGUCAUUAGGAUUUUAACGCACAUAUUCACGCUGAUAUCUUUUGACUUCUCGAGAAUUGCGAGCUUACUUCAAAAAAAAGAAAAAAAGAGCGUUUCUUCCCUUAAUUUAUUGUUACGUGUUAGCUAAGUAUUCGCGGACAUGUCGCUGAAACUUUGGUUUUCUCUGUGCAUUCAAUAGAGCAUAACGUCUUCAAAAUUCAGAGGUGGGAAAAAUAAUUAAAAAUGAACGCCCAGUAAGCCCGGAUCAAUUGCUAGCUGUUUUGUUUUUGUUGCUUUUGUUGUUUUGUUUUUUUUUUACUUUUCUUGUGCGACCGAGACAGGUGCAAACAGUGUUCAGUAGGGAGGAAAACGUCACACGCUUGAGCCAACAUUUAGGUUUAAGUUGUCAACCAGCUUUACAACCGACAUAUCGCUUUCCUUCCCGCUUCUUCCCGUUGCCAUAAGAACAGCACGUCAACAUGGCUUGCCAUGGAAACGAACGAUGCCUUAAAAUGCAAACUUCGAUCACACUGACCCUUGUUCUCCUGGAAUGGAUUUUUGCCACUGAUGGGGAGUUUGGUGACGAAAAUCAGAGAGAAGUGUUGUUUUACAGUAUAAAAUCAGCAUCACUUAUCGGCAAAGUCACAAUGACCACACUGGUAAAAGAUGAGCUGGAAUGUGCGUUCAUGUGCUUCCGGCAUUAUCCAAGCGACUGCCUUUCAUUUAACUUCCGCAGAGAGUCCAUCGGCGAAACGCACGUCUGCGAACUCAGCAAUUCUGAAAGGGCUUUGGAGCCAGACAGAAUGCAAAAUGGGCCAGGAUUUGAUUAUUUUGGCGUACAAACGGUGUACCUAUCUAGGUUUUACCCAUGUCUGUCGUCUCCAUGCCGUUAUGGAGGAACCUGUUUGAAUGGUCCAGAACUGGAAAGGUUCUGGUGUAACUGUUCCUUGGAGAUAAGUGUACUGCCUUACAUUGACAACAAGUGCAACGUCAGUAAGUAACCAAACAUUCCAGUUUUGUUUUAUCCUCAGUACCAUCUACAUAUCAGAAUCUAGUUCAGUGACUUCAAUUAUAUUUAAAUGAUUCGAAGUCAAGAUGUCUAAUUUCAAUGAAAAAUGGCAAUUAUAAACUCCUGGAGGUAAGCCCUUGGCAAUUGUUGUGGAGCUAUACAACCCAUAGCGAGUUUUAAGUGAGCGUACGACUGAAAUGAGUCUUCUAAAAAAAAGCUUAUUAGCACUAUUUAACAAAUAAAGAAGCCUCGACUGUGCUCUGUUCUGUUGUAAAGCA